AGACGUGUUCGUAUUUAUUUCAGUUGUUUGCGACGCACAGGUGUGGCCGACUCAGUGAACAAGGCAUGACAACAAGACCCAUGCAAUUUUCUUUCUGACCCUGUGACAAAAAAUACCUUAACGGGAUAAAACGUCUAUGCCUGUGCCUGUAUUGUUAUCCAUGGGUCUUUCAUCACGCUACUAAACAGAAUCCCGUGUGCUGCCAUGGACAGCGUGAAGAUGGAAUCUGUCCAGAUUAAAGAGGAGCUCCCUGAACUUGAACUGGUCCCCAUUAGAGAGUUACUGGCUUCCCUCCCCAUUAAACAGGAGCUCUGUGAGAUGCAAUGUGACAGCAGCCAGCCAGAGGUCUCUGAGAUUAAAGCUGAGCACAAUGAAUUGGAGAUCCCCCAGACAGAAGAAGCCCUUCCUUUUAAAGAAGAGGUGCUGGAAGUUGUCCGUAUUAAAUGGGAGCCCCCUGAAGUAGAGUUUGACCACAUGGAACCAGGGAAGGAGGAAUCCGAGGACUUCAAACCAAACAUCCCUGAGCUGGAGCCUGUACGCCUGCGGGAGUGUAGCGUGGUGCUGGAGAGAAUCUGCGUGAGAGAGGAAGGUUCAACCAACCGCACACGAGGCAGUGGAAAGGAGGACAGGAGUUUGUAUUCAGAGUGCAGUCUAGCAGGUUCAAGUCCAGCAGCUAAAGCGAGGGUGUGCGGUGAAGAAUAUCCUGACUGUGGGAAAGGUUUCACCCAGAUAGGGCAUUUUCAAACAGGAGAGAAACCAUACCGCUGCUCUGACUGUGGGAAGAGUUUCCAUAAGUCGUCAUACCUUCAAACACACCAUCGAAUUCACACAGGAGAGAAACCGUAUCGCUGCUCUGACUGUGGGAAGAGUUUUAGUCAGUUAGGAAACCUGAAAGCACAUCAGCAAAUUCACACAGCAAAGAAACCGUAUUGCUGCUCUGACUGUGGGAAAAGUUUCAAUCAUUCGACAAAUCUGAAAAGACACCAGCGAUUUCACACAGGAAAGAAACCGUACCGUUGCUCUGACUGUGGGAAGACUUUCCAUAACUCAGCACACCUUAAAAGCCACCAGCGAAUUCACACAGGAGAGAAACCGUAUUGCUGCUCUGACUGUGGGAAGACUUUCCAUAACUCAGCACACCUUAAAAGCCACCAGCGAAUUCACACAGGAGAGAAACCGUAUUGCUGCUCUGACUGUGGGAAGAGUUUCAGUCAGUCGACAAACCUGAAAAGACACCAGCGAAUUCACACAGAGAAACCAUACUGCUGCUCUGACUGUGGGAAGAGUUUCUGUAAGAUGGCACACCUCAAAAGACACCAGCGAAUUCACAAAGGAGAGAACCCGUACUGCUGCUCUGACUGUGGGAAGAGUUUCCGUACAUUGGCACACCUUAAAAGUCACCAGCGAAUUCACACAGGAGAGAAACCUUAUCGCUGCUCUGACUGUGGGAAGACUUUCAGUCAGUUGACAAGCCUUAAAAGACACCAGCGAGUUCACACAGCAGAGAAACCGUAUCACUGCUCUGACUGUGAGAAGAGUUUCAGUAUGUCACAAAGCCUGAAAGAACACCAGCGAUUUCACACAGGAGAGAAACCGUACUCCUGCUCUGACUGUGGGAAGACUUUCCGUAAGUCGACAUAUCUUAAAAGCCACCAGAGAAUUCACACAGGAGAGAACCCAUACUGCUGCUCUGACUGUGGGAACAGUUUCAGUCAGUUAGGAAACCUAAAAGCACACCUGCGAAUUCACACAGGAGAGAAACCGUACUGCUGCUCUGACUGUGGGAAGAGUUUCAGGCAGUUAGGAAACUUAAAAGCACACCAGCGAAUUCACACAGGAGAGAAACCGUACUGCUGCUCUGACUGUGGGAAGAGUUUCCGUAAGUCGGCCCACCUUGAACGACACCAGCGAGUUCACACAGGAGAGAAACCUUAUCGCUGCUCUGACUGUGGGAACAGUUUCAGUCAGUUGACAAGCCUUAAAAGACACCAGCGAAUUCACACAAGAGAGAACCCGUACUGCUGCUCUGACUGUGGAAAGAGUUUCAGUGGUUCAAGUAAACUGAAAAGACACCAGCGAAUGCACACAGGAGAGAAACCGUAAUGCCCUUAUUCCAGUGGGAGUUUUCAUUUGUUAGGAAAACAUUUGAAUCUUGCAUGGUCAGUCCCUGUGUAAUAAUAAUAAUAAGAAGAAGAAUAAUUAUUAUUUUUACUAUUUUUUAUCACUUUUAAGAGCAUGCAUUUUAAAUGUUAAAAAUUAACUUCAACUGCUUGCACUUUGAUUGUGGCAGAAAGGGGGUGGUGACACGGAUACGUCACAAGAGGCUUCUUUUGCUGUCAGUUUAACUCAUAACUCAGGCUGUCAAUGCAGUCAGUGCCUGGGAGCGGGAAUAUGCAGAAAGGAAACCCAUCUGCAACUUAUCUGAUGGACAUGUCAGGAGCAAUCCAUAACUCGUGUGGUGAAUGAGUUUCAGGGUUUAGGAUUUAAACUUAAUUUGAAAAUAAAUAAAUUGAUGGGAACGAGUAUCCCGACCCCGGUACGUAGCACCCCUGAGACAAGACUGCACCGUCCUUACUGGGCAACCGCCUGGAGGAUUUGUCACGAUUCUGAAACUAAUGAAAAAUUACUGUCCCAUGGCUUAUGCUUACUACUAGUACUACAUUCAAUAUCGUAUAUUCAUAUUUACUGCAUCCACAGAACACAAUGUGUGUAUUAAUAAACAAAGUGGGGAGGUCUGUGCUUUA